CUUCAUUUGAAAUUCAAUCAUAAUUUUUUUAUAAAUCGCUUAAAUGUUUACUUAAUGCUAAAUGAAAGCGAAAGCUUUAAUAAACGAGUUGUUAUUAAAAUACUUUCUUAUUAUUUUGAAAGUUUUAAUACUAACUAAUGGUAAUGAAAAUGAUGUUCAGUUUGACUUUAAUAAGUAUUUCAAAGUUAAUGUAGCGACUAAUAAGCCGACCGUCUUUGAAAAGAUGGUCACACUAUACAACCCGCACGUCUGGCCCGGACCUAACGACACCCACCACUCGUCGACCACCACACCUAUGCCCUCCCGGAGACCAAACAAAGCGAAGUUUGUGUUUGGUUUGAGACGAUCGGCGGCUGAGUCUAGGAAUCAGGGCUACGGCUAUGACUACAACAUCACACAACCCGUUCCACCCGUUACUCCCUAUCCCUCUGUUGAAUACACUCCGACCAUAGAUACAUAUAAUAGAAAGUUCUAUGACUUGAAUUUCAAUCAAAUUAAUAACAAUACGGCUUAUAAUCGAUACAAUACUUCGAGAAACUUUACCCGAUUUAGGUCUGUCCCCACAUAUCGCUAUGGGUAUCGACAAACAGCCCGGCCUGUAUGGACCGUCUAUAACAUAACGCACACAGUGCCAGACUAUCAACACCUGUCCCCAGACUACUAUCCCGACAGAACUAUAGUUAGAGUACAAAACUUUUCCCAAGACUUCCCAUACUAUCCAAACCUGUCGCGAGACUUAUCCGGUGUUAGAAACUUCACACUUCAGACAAUUAGUAAUCAGACUUCAAACACAUCGUUCAGAUGUGAAUACAUGAGAUAUUUUGGAUAUUACGCCGACGUCUCAUCCAAUUGUCGGGUCUUCCACGUGUGCACACCUGAUGGUCGGAAGGCAUCGUUUGUCUGUCCAAACGGCCUGUUAUUCAACCAAAAGCUAACUGUCUGUGACUGGCGUUAUAACGUGGAGUGCGAGCGAUCCGUUAGCUUUUACGACACCAACCUUAUUAAGUUUGAUAACUGGAAUCGACUAUUAUUUAGCAAAAAGUAAUACAAACUAUUCAUAAAUAAUCAGACCUUUACAAUUAUUUAAAAAGUUAAAAUUUACAAACAGAAAUUAAAAAUAAAACUUACAGUAAAAUAAUACAAUGCAUGAAUAUUUAGAUAAUAAUUCAUUAAUUUUAUUUUCUUUCUACUUUUACUACCCUUUCGACUC